AUGGAAUAGUAUCAAAAUUUAGUAGAAGUCACCCAUGAAUAUGCUGGAAAACAUAUCGCUUCCUUGCUACCUUUAGACUAGCCAAGCCAACUCUAUAUUUCUCAUGCCAUAAUACUGUUGACAUUUGGCUUCAUCUUGAUACAGAUAUUAAGCGCUCUAGCUUCUGGUCUAUUCAAGAAAUCUAAGGGCUCAGUGAAUAAUACAUCAGCUACUACUAGAAAGCAAAAAAGAUAAUAAAGCCAGUUAUUGAUAUGUGGUCCAACUAAUUCAGGAAAGACAGCAUUAUUCUAUCAUUUGAUAACCAAAGAAGUAAGAACCACAGUUUCAUCUAUUGAAGUGAAUGAGACACCAAAAAGUAUGGAUGUUAAGAUCCCAGCCUCAGCUUUACCAAAUGGCUAGGAUAGCUUGACAAAAAAGAUUAGUGUGAUUGAUAUUCCAGGCCACUAUCAUUUCAGAGAGAAACUUCAAGAUGGACUAGAGACAGCAAAAGCAAUAUUAGUCACAGUUGAUUCUAAAGAGAAAACUCCAGUUUUGAUUGCUUGCAACAAAUAAGACCUUCAAUUCUCAAAGAAAGCAACCACUGUUGAAAUUGAACUUGAGAAAGAAAUUGAGGAGCUCAGAAAAGUCAAGAAGGCAGUUUAAGUUGAUGAUAUAAAUGAGAAAGUAGGGUAUCUUGAGUCAAUGAAGAAGAAGUUUUCCUUUAGUGAAUUGCAGGUACCAGUAAAGUUUGUAGAAAUAAGUGUUAAGAACGAAGAUUUAGGGGAAGUAUACAAGUUUAUCAAUGGAAACUUUUGA